AAUGGAGCUCAACAGGUGUUUAGGCAGUGCUUCCAUCAGAGCUGGACUUGGAGGAAUUUCUCCUUGGAAUGGGCUGUCGGAGAGAUUUGGAGUCCCCCAUCCCUGGGGGUGUCCGAGGAACAGCUGGAUGUGUGCUGGGUGACAAGGUGGAAAACGUGAAGCUGCUGGAUCGCUACGCCAGCAGGAAGGCAGCGAGCGGGACCCUGUACCUGACAGCCACACACCUGAUCUACGUGGAUGCCUCUGCUGAAGUCAGGAAGGAAACAUGGAUCCUGCACCACCACAUCUCCAGCGUGGAGAAGCUGCCUCUGACCACGGCUGGGUACCCCCUGCUCAUCCACUGCAAGAACUUCCACGUGGCUCACUUUGUGAUUGGGCAGGAGAGGGACUGCCACGACGUGUUCACCUCCCUGCUCAAGCUCUCCCAGCCAGUGAAACACGAAGACCUUUAUGCUUUCUCUUACAACCCUAAAAUGUCCAGAGAGAGCCGGGAGAUGGGCUGGAAACUGAUUGAUCUGAAGCUGGAUUACCAGCGCAUGGGGAUCCCCAAUGACUCCUGGGAGAUAACGGAUAUUAACAAGGACUAUGAGGUUUGCAGCACAUACCCUCCUGAGAUCGUGGUGCCUCGAGCUGCCACCAAGGCCGUGGUGAUGGGAAGUUCAAGGUUCAGGAGCCGAGGGCGGAUUCCGGUGCUUUCUUACUUGUACAAGGAAAACAAUGCUGCCCUGUGCCGCUGCAGCCAGCCCCUGGCCGGGUUCAGCGCGCGCUGCCUGGAGGACGAGCAGAUGCUCCAGGCCAUCCGAGAGGCCAACCCCGGCUGCCCCUUCAUGUAUGUUGUAGACACGAGGCCAAAGUUGAAUGCCAUGGCCAACAGAGCUGCUGGGAAGGGCUAUGAGAAUGAAGAUAAUUAUGAAAACAUUCGUUUUAAAUUCAUUGGCAUAGAGAACAUCCAUGUGAUGAGGAGCAGCCUGCAGAAACUGCUGGAAGUGUGUGAGAUGAAGUCCCCCUCCAUGAGCGAUUUCCUGACGGGGCUGGAGAACUCGGGCUGGUUACGGCACAUCAAGGCGGUCAUGGAUGCAGGUGUCUUCCUGGCCAAGGCUGUGAGGGAGGAGAGGGCCAGCGUGCUGGUGCACUGCUCCGACGGCUGGGACCGCACGGCCCAGGUCUGCUCCCUUGCAAGCCUCCUCCUGGACCCCUUCUACAGGACCUUCAAAGGCUUCAUGGUCCUGAUAGAAAAGGAGUGGAUUGCAAUGGGCCACAAGUUCUCACACAGGUGUGGCCACCUGGAUGGGGACCCCAAGGAGGUGUCCCCUGUGUUCACACAGUUUGUGGAGUGUGUGUGGCAGCUGAUGCAGCAGUUCCCCUGCUCCUUCGAGUUCAGCGAGCGCUUCCUGCUGGAGAUCCAUGACCACGUCUAUUCCUGCCAGUUUGGCAACUUCCUGGGCACCUGCCACAGGGAGAGGGAGGAGCUCAGUGAUCAGAUGUUCUUUGUACUUGCCAGAAUCUUUGAGAAGACCCAUUCCCUGUGGCCUUUCCUCUUACAGAGGAAGCAGGAGUUGAGAAAUCCUUUGUACAGAGGAUUUACAGCUUACAAAGAGCUCCAACCAAACACUCUACCUUUCAGCUUCCAGUUCUGGUGUGGGAUGUACAACCGCUUUGACAAGGGCAUGCACCCCAAGCAGAGUGUGCUGGAGCGGCUGCUGAGCUGCCUGAGGCGCAGCGUCACCCUGGAGGACAGCGCGGCCCAGCUGGAAAACAAAGUCCCUAUCCUGGACGGUCCCUUGCCCAGCAAAGGCUGCACCUCACCCAAGGCAGGAGCUGCUGCUGCCAAAGCCCCAACUCCUCCUCAGGACUGUGCAGAGGGAGCAGCCCCUGUGCUGAGCAAUGGCCCCUCCCUGGGGCACCAGAAGCACAAGGAGAGCCCAGCCCAGCCCCAGGAUCUCAGAGCCUCCAGGGAGGAUGAGCAGGCUCAGCACCAGGAAUGAGCUCUGGGAGCUGCUGGGAGAAGCUCUGGGGAGCUGCUGCAGCCCCCAUUUGCAGUUGAGUGUGAGUAGGGGUGUGCAGGGCUGGGGAGCAGCUGCUGGGGGAUAUCUCCUGCAGCUCAGGUGAUGCAGAGCUGCCAGGAGCCUGCCUGGCAUUCCUGGAAAUUUGGCUUUCAGUGGCAACAUGUGCAUUUCUGAGGGUUAGGGCUGCCUGCCAGCUCUGCUGUUUGAGGCUGGAAGAAAUCUUGCCAAUUCCAUGAGGAGCAGGGCAGUAACUGCAGGAGGGGUGCAAAUCCCUCUGUUCUUAGUGGUGGUCCAAGGUCAUCUUAAAGCAAGAAAAAACUUCAGUCUGUCUUCAAAUGAUAAAAAACCCCCAACCUGUCUUAGCUGUGAAUGAAUCUCUGCAUGGACCCUUGCCUUGUAGCAGAACUGAUUCAUGUUUUGUUUCCUAUGCAUAUUUGUUACACAAAACCAAACCCCCUGUGCCUUCUCUGAGACUGUCCAUGUCCAGCCAGGCCACUGCAGGUUUUGUGCUGGAGUUUGCAGUGUGCUCUUGGUCCUGUCUGUAGUCAGUGUUUGUGAGAGGUUUUCUUCUGCUGCAGCUUCUCCAGGGUUUUUGCUGUUCCCCUGAGUUCAGCAGCUUUUUCCAAGCUGACCUGUUGAAGAGCCAGCCUUUAUGGACCUCCUUUAUUGAUGGGAGUGCAGAGCCAGCCCAUAACACAUUGAUUUGUGAUAAGAGGGAGGACUGGAAAUGAGGAAAGGCAGCAGAACAUUUAUGUGGAUUUUUUCUCUCUUAUUUUUUGAUCUUGGUUAAACUGAAGCAAGAGAGUAACUCUCUUCCAUGGUGGAAUCAUUGAUGAGACAGCAAUUACAGAUGGGGCUGUGUUCUGGUAUUGAAAUGGGGCCUGAAAUGAUAAAAUCAUUUGCUGAGUGAUUCUAGGGAAUGUUCAGAUUCCAGGAUCUUGAGGGAUAUUUCGCCUGUCUCAUGAACAGUAUCUCCUUGGCAGUGAACUUGGGAAGAAACAGAAGAAGCAAGGACUUCUCUCCCAGUGAUUGGGUGUCACAAAUGAGUGCUUGAAGGUCACCCAAAGAAUUCUUGGGAGAGGCAUCAGCAAAAGCAGGUUUGAUAUAAAAAAGUGUGACCAAAUUCAUUUGCAGGGUUCACUCUUUUGCUUAAUAAAUGGUUAAAGCACACAGAGAGAAACUAAAAUAGAAAAUCAGGCAAUCUAAAACUACAGUCAACCAGCGUGGAGGCUGGGGAUGGAAAAGGGUCAGGAUGAAAGGGAAUGAGGGAGAUUCUCCUGUUGAGUCACAGGGUUCAGAGUAGAGCAUCCUCCCAGACUGAGCCCUAGAAUUAUCAACAGUUCAGGCCUAAAGGUUUCCUGGAAUCAGAGAAUCAGUAGCAGCACUUGAACUCAACAGCAGAGAAUCAGCAGGUAAGGAAUUGAACAAGGGGUUUGUGUAGAAUUCCCUUUAAGCACAACAGGAGCUCCCUUAGAGGCUGAACUCACAAAUCCAGAGUACUCCAGAAUCCAGGAGAGCAGCAUUCCCAGUGCUUUGGCUUUGGCACAGCCCCAAGGACCAGGUCCAGGUGUAUCCCUGGGAAAAAUUCCCCUCCAGUUCCCUGUUUAUAGAGAGUUGCUUUUAUGGGAGUCACUUUCCAGCCUGGCUGCAAUCUGGGUCAAUAGCUUUCUUUGAAAGGUCAAUAACAAAAAUGUUCUACUUGCCUUGUUAUUCAGGCAAGGAAAAUCAGAUUCCAGGGCUGGUGGCUAAACCCAGGAGUUUGUACUCCAGCCCUGGGAGCAGCCAGUGUUCCUGAUAAGCUCAGGGUGCUGCUUAUCAAGGUCAAGGCCUGAGGACAUUUCUGAGAUCAUGGUGAGGCCUUGGGGGCUUGGAGGAUUCACCUCCCCAGGAAAGCUGUGCCACUGUCCUUGUUCUGGGCUGAAUUGCACAGAAUCCCCCUGUGCAGCUUUGUUCAGGAUGCUGCUCUGCCCCCUUCUCAAGCUGUUGUUUCAACUUAAUGGUGCUGCCAUUAAGUUUUCAAAUCAGAUUUUCUCUUUUAUAACUUGGAAGUCAGCUGAAAAUACUUGAGCCUUUCCAAUCUCCAUCGAAAGCAGAAACAUUCCAUUGUAACAGCAGAAAGUGCAAUAACUCUGCUCAUGUGCUUUUAACCCAUGGUGAAAUCACUGGGUAGAUCCAGUGUCCAAAACCCAACCCUAACCUCCCUGAGUGGCUGUUCUGGGUAAGAAAAUACAUAUUUUAUAAAGCACAUGAAAGAUCUAGGGAAAAAGAGAGCACAGAGUUUCUCCACUGCCUGGAAUGGCAAAGAGGAAGUUUUUUGGUAUUGAGGGUUUGUCAGACUUAAAUAAAGUUGUUGUCGAGGAAGAAGUGGGAGCUACAAGAGUGAUUGAUUAAAAAUGAAACACUGGAAAUACUGACCCAGGUGUGACUGAUGGAUCAGCCCUGUCUUUUCUUUCCAGGGGGUCAUGGGCAACAUCCACCCCCAAAUCUGAGAGGAAGUGGGGCAUGAAGCCAAGACAGGCACUUUUUAGGACCAGCUAUUUUAUCGAUCAUCAGUUCUUUGAGUAUCUUUAAUAAAUUCUCUAAUUUUCAUUAGAGAUCCAGAACUGGAGAGGGUUUUGAUUGACUACUGAAGGAAUUAAAGGUGCCAUUGCUUAAUUAUUGUACAAAUCCAGCUUGCAGAAGGCUCCUGGAAAUGUAUGGUUCUUUGCCUUUGGAAUUGCCAUUGGAGGAGUUAAAUAAUCUUUCCUUGUUUCUAAAAAGGUUGUCUCCACAAAACUUCAGUGUUACUGCAAACGUGUACAACUACCACCAGGUUACUCAGAGUUGUAAGCUUGGAGUAAUCUUGCUGCUUUUAACUCCAGUGGCAAAACAGAGCCAAACUCAAGAAUUAAUGUCUUUUAAACCUCUUGGAUUUCAUGUGUGCAGGCUCAGGCAAAGGCUGCAGUGUAUUAAAAGCCUUUUAUGCUGAUGCUGGAAUUUAGGAGCUGGAAAAGAUUGCAGGGUUUCCUCUUUUUCCACGAGCCCAUGGUUUGAAAACCAGUGAAUGAGAAGCUCUUUGGUUUUGGUGGCAGCUCUGGGCUGUUUGAAGAGCAGAAGUGAGGAGGUGCUCAGAGCCCUGCAGUGUCCUGAGCUCAGCUGGGAUCUGCUGCCCAGGAAAGCUGUGUUCCCUGCCCUGGAGCAUUCUCUGCUGCCCAGGAAAGCUGUGUUCCCUGCCCUGGAGCAUCUUGGAGCAUCCUCUCCUCCCUGGAAGUGUGGAAGGAAUGGAGGAGCUGUUACUGGUAUUGGGAAUCUGCUGCUGCUGCUGCAGAAAGUUCCUGCACCUGAUUGAUUCCUAGGGGAGCAGCUGUGCUUUGUGAGGUCAGAAAUCCUGCUCUUGUUUGGAGCAGUGCAGUUCUUCCCAUUUGGAUUCCUGUCACUGGGAAAACUGGGAGGGAAGAGGGAUCUGAUUUGCUGAUGAUGGGCUCUGCUUGUGGAAAACUCUCCCUCUUCUGGAGCUGCUCCUGCCUCACCAGGACAUUCCAUGGCCUCACCAGGACAUUCCAUGGCCUCACCAGGACAUUCCAUGGUUUCUCCAGGACAUUCCAUGCCUUCCUGCCUUUUCCCAGUGUCUCCUGUGCUGCAACCAGGUGUAACCUUGUAGUGUCCUCUCAUACUCUGUGUUAAAACUCCUACUCUGAAGCACAAGAGGGACUCGUGGAGCUUCAUUUGAGACGUCUUAAAUUGAACUUUGUUCUGUGGAUUCUUAAAUUGGGGUUUUCUUUUGCUGUUGUCACCUGUGGGAGAGAAAAUCCAAAUGGUGCUGUUUGCUCUGCAGGGAAAAAGUGGGAAUAAUUGGGUUGUCCAUAGUUUUAAUUCUCCAUGGCCUCUUUAGGGGUGAGGAAAAGUGGUUUGUAAAAGCUUUUGGGUCUCUCUUGGUCUGUUCUUGUGCUUAGUGAUUGCUUUUCCAAGUUAAUUCCUUGGAAUAAAAAUCCACCUUUUCUGACCCAGAGCCAUCCUGGCUGGGAUGGAGGAGGAGGUGGGCUUGGAGGGAGCUGGGCAGCUUCAGGAAGCUUCCCCAGUCCUGCAGAGUGGGAUUUGGCAGGAGCUGAAGGUGCUCAGAGUUCCAAAGGAUCUCCAGGUGUGGAGCAGCCCUGGGGGUGUUGUUUCCAUCACCUCUGGGAGUAGAGAGCCCUCAGAGGUGCUCCCAAAGCUGAGGCAGCCCCAGGAAAAGCCUUGGAAAGGGAAGAGCUCCUGUUCCAGGCUCCUUCAGCUCCUGGCAGACCUGGCCUUGGGCAGCUCAGAGGAAGUUCCUGGCAGGAUGCAGUGCUGGGUACCCAGGAGUGACCAGGAGCAUUCCAAGGGGUUUUCCUCUCCUCCCAACCCUCUGCUCUGUGCUGGGGGUUGGGCUUGUAGGGACCUCUCCCAGCUAUUCCUGGUUUCCAUCCUUCCCUCAUGCACUUCCAGCCAUCCCCUAGGGGAAAAACCUGCUCUGCAUGUCCUAUUUAUGUUUAAUUAUCACCCAGCACUUGAUUAAUUAGCUGAGGAAGCAGGGGAUGGUAAAGCCUGUGCUUUGGACCAGGCAGCCUGGUGGGCCAUUUGUUAGGGCAGUCUUGCUAAUGACAUUAAUUAAUGUGACCCCCUGGGAGCUGCAGGAGCAGGGCAGGACCAAGGAGUUGUUUUUAUAUCAUUUCUAUAUUUCCAUCUAUUUAAUGCAGCAGAAACUACUGGAGUAACUCAGCACUGGAUCCCAUCCUCUGGCUGGAUUUUCCUUGGCAUCCCAAACCUGAUCCUUGUAGGAAUGUCCCUAAAACUGUGUGUAGUGCUGGCUGGGAAUGUCCCUGUGGCUGUUUGUGUCUGUGUCACUGCUGGGGGACAUUUGGGGGGAAUGAGCCCCAGUUUGUGCCCCGAGGGCUCUGUGGGGCACUUCAGUUCCUGCACUGCUUGAAGCUGAUCUUGUCUAGAGGAGAAUUGUGUCUUUUCCCUGUUUGUCCCAUGGAGUCCCUCUUGGAUUGCAGGAAUUUUUAUUCCCUACAAAAAUAAACACUUGGCCUUUUUAAA